GAAAUUGCGGUUGCCGAGGCGUCACGUUGGCAGCGCCGCGCAUAACCUAUAAGCCUCGCUCAAAGGUGUUCCUCGGAGUGCUGGAUCGUUAAUAACAAACGUCGAGUCUCGCCGGCUCGGGUAAGGUGCACGCCAGCGUUAAUCAGGCAGGUCGUCGCGAGGGGCCACGAAGUCUCAGCUAUUUUCGACAGUAUGCGAAGCUAGCUGCCCGGCGUUGGCACGUCUCUUCGUGCGCGCUUUUCCAGUUCCACGCGAGACGGAGUCGGCCGUGCGGGUCAGGACGGGUCGCCGAGGGUCGAACCCUGGGAGAGCUGCGAGUCGCGGCAGUCGCGCCCCAGCGCCGAGUCCCGACGGCUGAACCCCCGGAGGGAGCGCGUCCAAAGUAACGAGUCAUCUACGAAUCCAAGAUGGCAGAAGGUCAGGACAGCCAGAAGAAGAUGAUUACGAUUACCGUCAAGACGCCGAAGGAACAGAAAGCCGUGGAAAUCGAGCCCGACGCGACGAUUAAGGACUUCAAGGAUGCGGUUUCGAAGAAAUUUAAUGCACAGCCGGACCAAUUGUGUUUGAUUUUCGCUGGUAAGAUCAUGAAGGACCACGAGACCCUAGGAACACAUAAUAUUAAAGAUGGCUUGACGGUGCAUCUAGUUAUUAAGGCACCCCGUGCUGCUACCGGACAAAGUCAGGAUACGACGCCCUCUCAGAGGCCUGCAGCCGAUGCUGGUGCUAAUCCUUUCGGUUUAAGAAACGUAGGGGAUCUUACAGGGUUGGAUAUGGGUUUGAUGGAGUUUGGAAUGGGUAUGAUGGGAUUCAACAGACAGUCCGCCAAUUUUAUGGAGCUUCAGCAACGCAUGCAACGGGAAUUACUCUCCAAUCCAGAUACGAUGCGCCAAGUGCUGGAUAACCCUCUGGUGCAAAGUCUGAUGAGCGACCCAGAGAACAUGAGAAACUUGGUCACUUCGAAUCCACAAAUGCAGGAGCUGAUGCAACGCAAUCCAGAAAUCAGUCAUAUGUUAAAUAACCCAGAGCUAUUAAGGCAAACAAUGGAGUUGGCCCGUAAUCCUUCGAUGCUCCAAGAACUCAUGCGUUCGCAAGACCGGGCCCUGUCAAACCUUGAGAGCAUUCCAGGUGGAUACACGGCACUUCGCCGACUGUAUCACGAUUUCCAGGAGCCUAUGUUAGAAGCAACGGACGAGCUUAACCCUUUCGCAGCAUUGGUGGAGAACAGUAGCUCCCAAGAUUCCCAGACAAAUCCACAACAAGGCCAGGAAAACAGAGAUCCGCUGCCCAAUCCAUGGAGCCAAAAUCAAAGCGAAUCGACCACCCCCGAGGCAACACCAACUCCCGGAAGAGGACUACUAGAUUCUCCAGGCAUGCAGCGUCUAAUGUCGCAGAUGAUAGAGAAUCCACAGAUCAUGAGAAAUAUGUUAAGUGCUCCAUACACCAGAUCGAUGCUCGAAGCCAUGGCCGCUGAUCCAGCUAUGGCCAGCAGAGUGAUCGCAGCGAACCCCAUGUUUCGAGGGAACCCCCAGAUGCAGGAACAAAUGCGGGCCAUGAUGCCUGCGUUCAUCCAGCAGAUGCAGAAUCCGCAGGUCCAGAGUGUCGUCACCAAUCCGGAUGCUUUGGCAGCGAUCAUGCAGAUCCAGCAAGGCAUGGAGCAGCUGCGAACCGUCGCACCAGAGUUUGUUGAAAAUAUGGGGCUCACUGUUCCUAGCACCACAACGCCAACGACGACCACUGCGACGACUCCGACGACCACUCCGGGCCAACAAACGGAGGCGAAUCAACAGGCCGUGUUCUCCCAGUUCAUGGCAAGAAUGUUUUCAGCAAUGGCAUUAAAUCAAGGUGCCGAAGUGGAUGGUCAGCCUGCAGCACCACCCGAAGAGCGUUACAGAACCCAACUUGAACAAUUAACCGCGAUGGGUUUCGUCGAUAGAGAAGCUAAUCUACAAGCACUAAUCGCCACGUUCGGUGACAUAAAUGCCGCCAUUGAGAGACUACUGAAUAAUGGGCAGGUCUCCAUGAGCUAACCACCAACCGGCAGUGACGUUGUUCCCUUACGACCUCUAACUUACCCACUAUUCACCUUUUGCAUCGCAAGCAAGGUGACAGAUAUCCCAGGUAAUUCCGGCUGUAGAGAGAAAGGAGAAAUUGAUAACUUAAAUUUCCUGCCCUGGCUCUCUUGACAGAAUACACAUGCUACUGACUCGUUCGACGUGCAUUUUUAUUUUGACUCUUUCUUCUCUCUCUCUUUCUCUCUCCCUUUCUCUCCCUCUCUGGUUUUUCGUUGGUUCGGCACUUGUUCAACGUGGCCUGCCUUGUCCAGUUGAUUGAACAAGGGCCCGUAGGUGGUGACAGGUCUUGGACUCCCCUUGCUAACCUCUCCUCGUUUUACCUGUCUGUGUAUUAUUUGAUGUGCUAAAAAGCUACGUAAUUGUAACGAUAUAUCCGUUUUAAUGCAAAAUUAUUUAUAAUUAAUUUCAUAUAUAUGUAUGUAUAUAUGAAAGCAAAUAUAUAUAUAUGCACACUGGGUGUUCAGAUUUUCGCAUGCUGGGAAGUGUCGGCGAGAGUUCUGGACACCGUGUGUAUUAAGGCUGUUAUAUUUUAUGAAGGCAGCGCCUACUAUGUUACAUUUCAUUUACAUAGUUUAGUUCAAGGUGCGAAGCUUGCAUGGAAAUGCCUUUAUUCUGUUAGAAAUGUCGAGUCUAAAAAACAGCUUGCAUCGGUGUCUGAUUCAUUAUUAAAUUUUAUUAGUGCAUGAUUGCCUUUAUUGGUCGAUGUCAAGUUGACCGAUCCUAAAAGGAAUUUAUCAUGUUUUUGAGAUCUGGCAUCAAAGAGGUAAUAACGUAAGAUUUAAGAUUGAAAAAUGGAGACAAAGAACAGAACUUAUCUCAAGGGUAGCUUGAAUUUAAGAUCUUCGGGUCAUAGAGACGUUAGGAUAGAAUAAACCAUGUAAUUCAUUGAUUGAAAAGCAUUACUAAAAUCAUUCCACAAGAUCUGUAUAAUGCUCGAAAACCUUAUUAGCGUCACUAAGCAUGGAACGAUGCCACAGAAAACCGACAGAUAAGAUUUCCAUACAAGCUUUAUAAGCAGGGCUGCGCUAUUAUUCGAAAUAGAUUUAACUUUAAUUUGCCGUGAUUAAUAGGAAUUAUUAUUAAUAAACGGCGGUUUUCUAAUAGCCAUUUCGAGUAUCAGAAGCUAAAGUUUUUGGGCACGUUAAUCAACAGCUUUUCUCCUCGUGUUAAAGUGAAGUUGAAAUCGGUAUAAAAUAACCUCACUUCUUCUUUAAAGAAAUUUCUAGAAUGUAUUUCUUCUUGAUUAACGUCUUCAAUGAUUUCACUGUUUAGCGCGUAAUAGUUUUCUGAUUCUGGUUCCUUCUUCAACUUCGUAUUUUUUUUUUUUUUCAUUUUAAAGCAAAUUUCAAGUAAAAUUAUCUGAAAUGGUCAGCCCUGUCUUUGGGGGUUAAAACGUCGAGCGACAUGUUUUAGAUUAGGCCCUUGCGUUGACAUUGCGCGUCCCUUUGGUCCUUUGGUCUUAGAUGGUUCGCAGCAAUGUUUAAGCACGACGCAAUACUUUCUUGUAAUACGAAUUCCUAAGAUUUGUAGGUAGAUGCGAGAAGUGUGUGGCUCGUUGUUGGAGGAACGCGGAUUGUGCGAUCCCGAGGACCAUCUUCCCUUCCCAGUAAAUGUGUUAUAAUACCGGAUACCUAAGUGUCAACCCUAGGGUUAAGUUUUGCGAGAGGGAUACAAAGAAACAAGUGAAAAACGACACAAGACGACAAGGUGCAUGUUGUAAAUUAUCCUUAACGAAGGAGGUCGUUAUAAUUUUAAUACUUUUCAACGACACGCCAUUGGAGCAACCGUGCGCAUUACUAUCUUUUACGUGUACGCAGUAUUCUUCGCUGAGACGAGGCAUUCUGUAAAAGGUAUUACGAAAUAAAACUGUGGUUGAUUCAUA